CCGCGCUGCAACAGCUUCGUGUGUUCCACAUUUGUUAGGCAGCGCCCCUUUUGCUAAUAUGCACGCUGUCCUGAAUUUGAUGCAAUAAACAGAGAGGCAGAGAGAGAGAGAGAGAGAGAGGACUAAAUAGUGAAAAUGUAUUAGUAUUAGUGAUCAGCAGCAGCAGCAACAGCUUUUCAAGCUAGGCUCACUCUCUUGCAAUAAAGAGAGCAUCACUUGGUGGCCAUGUAUUAGUGAUCAGGAGCAGCUUUCCCAGCUAAAUUCACGCUCUUGUACUCUCCUCUGUGUUUGUGUAUGUGUGUGUGUGUUUGUGUGUGCCAAUUUACAUUUUUAUAAAAUGCAACGGAGCAAGAGCGAAUCCAGCAGGCAGCUCUUGACGCUGCCCGCGAGUGCGGUGCAAGCAUAGAAGAGUCGCCUGGCAGCGAGAGCAGUAGAAGCAGGAGCAGGAGCUGGAGCAGAGGACGGUCGGGAUUCAAAUGUCGUCGUCGAGCAACGGCGGCAUCAAUAGUGCCACAAAUGGCCGCAGUGGCAGCACUGGCAGCGCCAAUAUAAGCCUCAAUCUGAAGGCCAAAUCGGGAACAACAACAACAACAAACACGACAACGACACACAAGACUUUGCCGGAUCUGAAGACGCAACGGAGCAACAGCAGCGUCGGCAGCGGCAUCGGCAUCGGAGUCGUGGCCAAGACCUUGGCCACACAUCGACGCGACAGCUCGCAUGUGGAGAAGUCCCUGCUGCCGGAGCGGCCGCUCAGCUAUGGGCCGCCGCAGCAGAGCAAGGCUGUCGGGCUGAGCAGGGAGCCCAGGGAGGGGCAUCUGGUCUACUGUGAGGGUAAGCUGCAUUCGGGCACGCUGCAGUCCCUCAUCAUGCACAUGGUGCCCACGCAUGACUACUAUCCGGAGCACGGUUAUCUAUUUGCGUUUCUGCUAAGCGGACGCUUGUUCAUACGGCCAUACGAGCUGCUCGCGCAGAUCUCUAGCAACUGGGAGCAGCAGCAGCAGCAGCAGCAACAGCAGGCAGCUGGCGGCGGCUGCGAUGUGGUCGAUGAUGCAGUGGCUCAGCCGCCGGCGCUAUCUCUGCACUUGAACUCCGCCUCGCCGCUGACACAGCGCAAGGGCACAGCGGCUGGCGGCCAGGAACUGGAACUGGAGCCGAAGCCGCAGCAGCGCACAUUGACGCAACGUUCGGCGCAGCAUUGCAUACGUUUGCUGUCCGAGUGGAUUGAGAUCUUUCCAUAUGACUUUCGGGAUGAGCGCCUUAUGCAGCAGGUUCGCAUACUGGCCAGAAAGUGUGUCUACAUCGACAACUCGCUGGGCAAGCAGGUGUCGCGCAUAUUGCAGCUGCUCGUCGCACGCCUGAAGGCUCUGGAGCAGUACGAGGAGUUUCUGCAGACACUCAGCAAUGAGGCCAUCGAGCAACAGACCCAAUGCCAGCAGCAGCAGCAGCAGCAACAACUACAUCAUCAUCAUCAUCAGCAUCAUCUGCAUUUGCAUAAUCCGUUUCAAACGUUUCUGGGCAGCUCCCAUGUUUCGGCGAGUGGCCACACAACAACGAAUGGAACUGCGACGAGCGGCGGCUCCGCGAGCAGCGGCAAUUCCACAAAUAGUGGCAGCAACUCCGCCUCGAGCACACCACAGCCAGAUGAGGUAUUUGGCAUUAUGGACCUUUGUCCCAGCUGCGAGCAUUUGGCCCAUCAGCUAACGGCCAUCGAACUGGAGCGUCUGUCGCAUAUUGGACCCGAGGAGUUUGUGCAGGCCUUUGCCAAGGAUUAUCAGCAGGCCAAAUGCGCAUCAGCCACAGGCAACGCGCCCGUCGAUGCGACUGCGGCCGCGGGUGCGGUAAGCGGCUCCUUGAACGAUAUGAAGAAGACACGCAAUUUGGAAUCGUAUGUGCAGUGGUUCAAUCGCCUCAGCUACUUGACGGCCAGCGAAAUUGUUAAGUAUCCGAAGAAGAAGCAGCGUGUACGCAUUAUCGAAUAUUGGAUCGAGACGGCACGGGAAUGCUUCAACAUUGGCAAUUUCAACAGUCUGAUGGCCAUAAUAGCUGGUCUGAAUCUAGCUCCCAUUGGCAGACUUAAAAAGACGUGGUCUAAAGUGCAAUCGGCUAAAUUCUCUGUGCUGGAACAUCAAAUGGAUCCAACAUCGAAUUUUAAUAGUUAUCGCUCGACGCUUAAAGCUGCCAUGUGGCGCUCCGAGGGCGCUACAGAGGAACGCGAACGCAUAAUCAUUCCAUUUUUUAGUUUAUUUGUUAAGGAUUUAUAUUUUCUGAACGAAGGCUGCUCGAAUCGUUUGCCAAACAAUCAUAUCAACUUUGAGAAAUGCUCACAACUCGCCAAACAAGUCAUGGAAUUCAAUGAAUGGAAGAAGGUCACUUGUCCAUUUGAGAAAUUGCCGAAUGUAAUUGCCUACCUGCAGCAUAGUGCGGUGCUCAAUGAGAACACACUCUCGAUUGCAUCCUUUGAGUGUGAACCGCCCGAGAAUACCGAGGAGAAGGAUCGCUAUAAAACUGUGAAAGCCGAAACGAAGCAACAAUUGAUGCAGCAAUUGCAAGAACAACAACAACAACAUCAGUAAUAGUUGACUCUUAAGCUAUUUAGUAUACAUACUAAUUUAAGUUACGCUUAAGCGCUUGCCAUGUUUAUUUUUUUAUAAACUUAAGUUUUACAUAAGUCGAUUAUACAUUUUAAGCCGGGUUGAGAAUUGUUUAGGCUAAGCUCAGCAAUUAGUUCAGACAAGACGCAUGCGCUGCAACUUCUAAGCUGCAAAUGACUUCAAAAGCCAUUUACUGCAUCCUUGAAAGCCUUUAUCUGUAUAUUUUCUUUUUUUUAAUUAAGCCCAUUCUAAACAUCCAUUUGAAAGCGACAUUUUCAUGGAGCCUAUUCUGUUAGUCUCUAUACCAACUGGGUUUCACUUAACUCACCUUUGAUGCUAUUUAACUCUUAUAAACCCCAUUUACAACACACAUUUUGCACUAUUUUCCAUUAUCCAACACUGGACAGUGGCGCAUGCGCAAAACACAAAACAUUAUCUACGAAACGCGAAGCAUCUCCAGAAUGUUGCCAGUAAUUAAAUUAAUUGAAUUAAGCAGAUAAGAAAGAACAAAAUGAGAAGAAAGAAACGAGACAGAAUGAAUGUAUGUACUUAAGGCAUUUUAUUGCUGCAACUUAUCUUAUAUUUAAUUGGUUAAAUGUAUGUAAUACUGUAUUACGGCGACGGAAAGAAAUCAUAUUUAUACAUAAUGUCAUAAUUUAUUUGGAACAUUUGACAAACUUGCGUGUAUGCGUGUUAUUUUGUAAGCGAACAGUAUUUAUAUUUAUAUAUUUACACAAUUUUAUAGCUAAAUUAAAUCAUUUUUAAUAUUCGAUCGUUUCGACGACGCUUUUGUCCUUGAAGCUUCAACAUUUAUUAACAAUUAUUAGCAGUGCAGCAUAUUUGAAAAACACAUAAAUGUUUUCUAUAUAUAAGAUGAAGAAGAACAAAAAGUACACCUUGUGGUAGCUACAAUGAUGCUUAUCCUUUUAAGAUAUAAUUUUUAAUCAAGGAAACUACUUAUACAUAAUAAGUAUACAUACUUAUAUUUCAGAAGAAAACAAAAAUACAACAAAUAGUGGUAUGUGCGCGGUAUCUCUACGAUAUUUACUAUAAAGGGACUAAAUCGACAAACGAGGCCCAACAUAAUCGAUUUAAAAAAAAAAAAACAAAUCACUGCUUUUGAAUAAAUCAAAUGAUCAAAAACCAUUCUCAUAAUA